GGGGGAAUAUUAGUUUUUGGAGCUGAAAUAGUCGACAGACGAGCACAAAUUUAAAUACUUUGAGUCGAUUAAAUAUUUCCAAAACUGUGGGUUUUGCAGCUGCUCGAGUUCACUCUUGUUGGGAACAUUUCGACCGUGUCAGAAAGCAUCAACGGAGUUUCUCCUGCAAUUUGUUGACUGCACUUUCUCAAAUUUGAAUCUCUCCAAACUAUUUCACCUCCCCUUUCAAUUCUACCCUUCCACACUCCACAGAUCUCGCAAACCAAUAUACAGAUCCAUUCGCUCCCUCAAUUUACGAUGCUCUACAAUGCAGAUUAGCUGAACCCUUUUUUUCUUUCAUUAAAUAUAUAUAUUCUGGGUUGUACAAUGGAGUUCACCGAAACGUUUAAACAGACGGGUCCCUGCGCUUUUUCGCCUGACGCUAGAUUUCUAGCUGUCGCGGUGGAUUAUCGCUUAGUCAUCCGCGAUGUUCACACACUCAAGGUGGUACAAUUGUUCUCAUGCUUGGACAAAAUAACAUACAUAGAAUGGGCCCUCGAUUCUGAGUACAUACUCUGUGGUCUAUAUAAGAGGCCUAUGCUACAAGCAUGGUCUUUGGCGCAGCCGGAAUGGACAUGCAAAAUUGAUGAGGGUCAUGCUGGUAUCUCCUAUGCAAGGUGGAGCCCUGAUAGUCGCCACAUACUAACAACUUCUGAGUUUCAGCUGCGGUUAACUGUAUGGUCAUUGCUGAACACUGCAUGCAUACAUUUGCAAUGGCCAAAGCAUGGUUCUAAGGGAGUGUCAUUUACUAAAGAUGGCAAGUUUGCAGCAAUAUGCACUAGGCGUGAUUGUAAAGACUAUGUUAAUCUUCUUUCUUGUCAUGCAUGGGAGAUUAUGGGCGUUUUUGCUGUAGACACAUUGGAUUUGGUUGAUAUUCAGUGGUCACCUGAUGAUAGCGCGAUAGUCAUAUGGGAUUCCAUUCUUGAAUACAAGGUUCUGAUAUAUUCUCCUGAUGGCCGGUGUCUGGCUAAGUAUCAAGCAUAUGAAAGUGGUUUAGGAGUAAAAAGUAUUUCUUGGUCACCCUGUAGUCAAUUCUUAGCUGUGGGGAGCUAUGACCAAAUGAUACGGGUUUUAAAUCACUUGACAUGGAAAGUGUUUGCAGAAUUUACACAUCUAUCUAAUGUCCGUGGUCCUUGUGCUGCUGCUGUUUUCAAGGAGGUAGAUGAGCCCUUGCUACUUGACAUGUCAGAAUUGUCACUGAGUGAUGAAUUUAUUCAAAGAAAUGCAGAUAAUGCUGUUGAGACAUGCAUUCAAGUUAGAUAUGAUGUUUUGGAGGUGCCAGUUACCCUUCCUACACAGAAGCCUCCUGCGGAUAAACCAAACCCCAAACAAGGGAUUGGCCUCAUGUCAUGGAGCAGUGACAGCCAAUUUAUGUGUACCCGCAACGACAGCAUGCCGACAGUCGUCUGGGUAUGGGACGUGCAACGUCUAGAACUUGCAGCCAUCUUGAUACAAAAAGAUCCUGUACGAGCUGCAGCUUGGGAUCCCACAUGUCCUCGUCUAGUUAUAUGCACUGGAAGUUCUAAUUUAUACAUGUGGACGCCUUCAGGUGCUUAUUGCAUCAACGUACCGUUUCUUCAAUUCUCUGUCCUUGACUUGAAAUGGAAUUCCGAUGGGAGCUGUCUUCUUCUCAAAGACAAGGAUUCAUUCUGUUGUGCUGCUGUGCCUCUCUUGCAAGAAUCCAGUGAUUACAGUUCCGACGAUUGAUGUAUGACUCAGGUUGCUCCUUGCAACCUUACUGCAUCAUUUGCAACAAAGACGUGAAAGGUGUUCUAGGAUGUAGUUUAGGAAUCCUAAUUGAGAAUGUAAUUUGACUUGACACAGAAACAGUCUUAACACUGUGUAUAUCACUUGGCUUAAUUUAUUUGCGUGAUGGGACGUUGAUUCAUAGUA